AUGACGGCUCCUGAUCAAAUAUUACAAUGUCUAGUUGAAGAAGAAACUCAAUCACAGCGAACGAUCAAUAAAGUUCCAAUUGUUGGAUUUUUUGCAAGCAUUGGAAACAAUGUAAAUCAAAUGGUAGGCAGCGGAAUAUUUUCAACACCGGGUAUCAUAUGGCGAUGGACUGGUUCACCAACAGCGACCCUUUUGUUGUUCUUUGCUGGAGCCGUUAUUUCAAUGUGCGGGUCUUUAAUAUAUGCUGAAGAAAGAAUUAUGAUUCCAGAAAUGGGUGGAGAGAAGGCAUACUUGGCAAAAGCCUUCCCGGAACCGCAUCGUUUGUUCAGCUAUUUAUUUAGUGUCGUGAUGAUUACAAUAAUUCGUCCAGGCACUAUCGUGGCUGUGUCCAAUAUAGUUGCACAGUACGCUUUAUUUGCAUUUCUUGGAUUUGAUAGAACGAAUGAUGCUGAUUAUCAUCCAGCUUAUUUGGAUAAUGGGAAUUUUUGGAGACUUCGUGGGAUAUCACUAGUUGCCUUGUUAAUAGCAAGUGGCUAUCAUUGUUACUCGAAUGUGGUUGCAAACCGUAUAAACCAAACGUUCUCAAUAAUAAAGAUGCUGAUAUUAACGGUCAUUGCACUAAUGGGACUUAUUGUACUCAUGAACGACGCCUCUAAUUUGAGGGUCGCAUUGAAUUUGAGGGACGCAUUUAAUACUCAACGUGAAGACCACCAGCACCCAGUCUCAUCAUCAGAUUACGGAGCUGCUCUUUUAAUGACUUUAUUUUGUUACGAGGGCUGGAACAAUAUUAAUUAUCAAUUGGACGAGCUUCGAGAUGUUAAGAAAAAUCUCGUUCGAACAGGUAUCGUCAGUGUUGGUGCAGUUGGUGCAUUAUUCCUUUUAGUGUUAAUAUCCUAUAUAAGCGUCGUCCCAGACUCAUAUAUACUUAAUCAAAAUAACACUUUAUCGGGCGCAAAUGACACUUUAUCGGGCGCAAAUAACACUUCGCCCGAUGAUCCAAACGAAGUAAUUGUCACAUUAUUUGUCACGUUCUUCAAAAAUUUUACCACCAGCCAAAAUGUAGCAAUUCCACAACUCAUCCAAGAAAGUGACUCGAUUGCAAGAGCUUUCUCAGUAUUCGUGGUGAUCUCUUCAUUUGGUGCUAUGGCUGCGUUGAUGUGGUCUGGUGCUAGAAUUAUUGUUGCGUCUGCACAAUCGGAAUAUAUUCCCCGAUUUUCGAAUUUUCUUAAGCGACGGCAUGAAGACCGAGCAACCUAUACGAAUGCUUUUGUUGCACAAAUGAUUUGGUGUGCGCUUAUUACUAUUCUGGCGCCAACUACAGAUCCCUUUUCAUUUUUAGUCUCGUUGUCGCAAUAUACAACUUCGAUCGUGUAUGGCGCAGCAGCAAUUGGUCUAUUGCAUCUGCGAUACACGGCACCGAAUCUACCACGACCAACACCAGUCCCAAAACUAAUAGUCUACAUCUUCCUUCUCGUAAUCGCACUUAUUCUAAUCCUACCAUUCACCAAAGAUUUGCAACAAUUACCCUUCGUUAUUUCUUUAUGUGUAAUUGGUUUAGGGGUUACUGCGUGGUACUGGAAAUAUUACGCGUUGAAUCCAAGUCUUGUGCCUCAAAGCGAUAGUGAUACAAUUUCAGGAAUGUCUCUUGUAUGUUCAUCAGUGUAG